AGUACCAUGGCUACCCCCUCGCUCCGUGACUAAAAUAUGGGCUCGGGUGGAAGGUACAACGCCGAAGGAGGUUUCCAAGUAUAGGACCAAUGGGCACCAUUAACGCGACUCUAGACGGUGCAUCCUAUGUCUGACCCGAUCGAGAGACCAAAGGCACCCGAGCCGCUGGUGCGCAACAAGCAACAAGUAAAACCUGUGGAGAAUGAUGAGCUGGUUGAUACCGCUUAUCAUACAGCUGUGUGGUUACUUCAGUCCGCGGAAGACGUCGAUUGGUCAGAGUUGGCUCGCAAUCAUGCAAAUGCCAGUCAAGCCAGACAGACCACCAUCCCAAAGACUGUAAAGAAUAUGAAGAGCUCUGGGGAUGCUCACGCGACUCCGAUUCCAACAGGAAGAUACAAGCCGUCCUCUGUGUUGGCUUAUCUGCACUCCGAUCUCCACCUGCAACGACAGGAGCAAACUGUACGAAGCAAAUGGAGAGAGAUGUCAGAUGAAGCUCGCCAUGAAGCAGCUACGCGAGCGUUCAGUAACACGUCCGCCAAGGGCGCAGAACAGACGAUGAUCGCGAAGCGGCCGAUCCUUGAAGCGGCGUCUGACGGCGCGGUGAGGUGGACAGCAUCGUCAUAUGAUGAGCAUCAAGAGGAGUUCUCAGAAAUUAAGAGAACAUAGAGACAGCGCGGAAGGGCUAGGAUUAGGCAUAUCACUUUGACUUUGUCAACAAAAGUAUCAACUC